AUGAUCCCCAAAGAUGGCCACCAUCCAGACGCCCUUGGCCCUCAGCUAUCCAAAUUUUUCCAGAAAGGUGCUGAGCUUGUUGUUUCGGACCCGGGAAUACGGCAGGACGUAAUCAUGCGCAUGGCAUCCACCGGUGGCUUAUCCCGUGUUCGUGAGUUGACUGAGCAAGAUACAGUAUCGCUCACGGACAGCAUGAAGCUUCGCAGGUUCCUUAGCCAGCACGUUCCGUUCUUUCGCAUCCUCACCCACCCUGACGUACUCUCUUCAAUCCUACUCGAGCAGCCGCUUGGCGACCUACUUACCUUCCUCUACGGCUUCAAUGGUCACAGAGCUGUACAGCUCUUUUCCUUCAUUGCUCAAGUAUUGUCCGAUGCUUCCAAAGGAGACCUACCGCCGGCAUCGCCCUCGGUUGCGGAAAUCUUUCAGCUCGUGCUCUUAGCCCUUUCAAAAGUAGUCGACGUCAACAGCGGAGCUCAGAUACAUCCAGAUAUCUCGAAGCUUGUCGGAUGCGAGAAUGCAUGGGCUUCUCUCGCCAAGAUCCAGCAGCGUCUUGGAAUUGGACAAGCCAUGCCCGAUCUGGCCGACAAGGCAAAGCAACCGGUCACCCAAGCCUUUUUUGGCAUACCAAUUGACUAUCCCGGGGGUUUGUCAUUGAAUGGCCCCCGUCACGAUAAUGACGACGAAGAUAUCACCAAAAUCCGGGUGCUGCCCACAUGGCAAGAGGUUCAGUCUUUGAGACCAGAGUAUCUCCCUGUGAGCGACCCUGCCACCUGGCACAAACAAGGCAUUCAAGGCCUCCUUGACCGCCAUUUCCGCCUCCUCCGAGAAGACACCGUCGGCCAGCUCCGGGAUGUCAUUCACGCUGAGGUUGCCCGCAUGCAGGAUCCAGACGGUGCUUUCAGCGGCCGUCGCGACAUUCGGCAGGGUCUUCGAACCUACACGUACAGUGGAGUCAGCAUUGAUGACUUCUCGGUCGAUCGUAGAGAUGGUUUCCGGUGCCGAGUCUCGUUUCCUCAGCCGCAGCCUGUCCGGACAAUGACUAAAAACCAGAGGUCGGAGUGGUGGUCCAAAUCUCGCCGCCUGCAGGGAGACGCCCUCGUUUGCUUGCUGGACAGCUCCGGGCUUCUUCUAUUCUGCUCUGUGGUCAACGACCAGACAAAAUCAAAGACCGCAUCCGAUGGAGUUGAGAGCAGUGUGGAUGACGAGGAAGAAGAACGAAGCCUGCAUGGCAACAGCAACAUGGCCUUCCUGACUGUCAGUCUUGUGGAGCAGAGUGACCAGCACCUUGAUGAUCUUCUCCAGCGCUGCUGGGACACUGGCCAAAUUUCGCUUGUCGAAUUCCCAGGGGUGCUGCUUCCAGCCUUUCAGCCGACCCUGAAGGUACUGCAGCAGAUGUCCACAAGCGGCGAUGUCCCUUUUCCAGAAUUCCUUGCCCCAGGUCAAGCUGAAGUGGGUGUCGUUGGCGUUCCUCCACCAACCUAUGCCAGGAAUCCUGGCUAUCGCUUUGACCUCCGCAAGAUUACACGGGGGGGUAUGGAACUUCUGCUUCCGUCUACAGGCCACUUUGGUGUCAAAGAUCUGAUUCGAAACUCGUCGUUGGAUGAUGCACAGGCCCAUGCUGUCGUGGACUCCCUUACGCGCAGUUUUGCUCUCAUCCAAGGACCACCGGGCACCGGCAAAAGCUUCACCGGCAUCGCUUUGAUCAAAGUCCUUUUGGAUAAUCGCAAAGCUGCGAAUCUUGGUCCCAUAAUCUGUGUCUGCUACACCAACCAUGCCCUCGACCAGCUUCUUGAGCACCUGGUGGAUGCUGGAGUACCCCAAAUCAUCCGCGUUGGUUCCAGGUGCAAGUCGGAAGUGUUACAACCGCUUAUACUUCGUGAAGUCGCAAAGAAGAUGGAGGGAACCAAAGCCGAAAAGCAUAUUUCUUGGGAGCUUCGCACACAGCUGGGGGCAGAUGAGAAGGAAAUCGACAAUCUCCUCUAUACGCUCAGCAAUGCGGACUCAUGGCAAUCUAUCAAGCAGUAUCUCCAGAAGUAUCAGCCCUGCCAGCAUGACGAAUUGUUUGGGACUGGCUUCGUGGAUGAAGAGGGAUACGAACUGGAAGGCAGAAUGCCGAGGCAAGCUCUACUGGGAUGGCUCAAGGGAGGACAUCCGCUUGUGCCCGGGCAACAGGAACGCUCAAUCUCCACGCUCGAAUCGACGGGCUUGAUGGCAAUGUCUUACAAGGAGAGGCAGAAAUUGCACCGUUACUGGGUACAUCAUCUUCGCGCAAGUGCCCAGCGUGAUCUCAUACAUGCUAUUUGCGAGUAUAAUGAUCGGAGAAAGAAGUACCAGCGCAAUCGUAUGGAGAUGGAUCUCCGGUGCUUGCAGCAGGCCCACAUCAUCGGUAUCACCACGAGCGGGCUUGCCCGCAACCUUGAUCUUCUCCGUCGCAUCCGUGCAAAAGUAGUGCUCUGCGAAGAGGCUGGCGAGGUCCUGGAAUCACACACACUUACCGCAAUGCUUCCUUCUGUUGAGCAUGCCAUCCUCAUCGGCGACCACGAGCAGCUGCGCCCGCAGAUCCAACGCUACGAUCUAGGGCGAGAACAUCCUCGCGGCGAGCAGUAUUCCUUGGACACAUCACUAUUCGAGAGGCUGGUGCGACCGAAUCACGACGCCGCGAUCCAGCUUCCCUACACCACCCUUGAGACUCAGCGCAGAAUGCACCCGGACAUUUCGCAACUCGUCCGUGACACAAUUUACCCCAAUCUCAGGGAUGCGCCAUCCACUAUGGAGUAUCCCAUGGUUUUCGGAAUGAAGCACCGGGUAUUCUGGUUUGACCACCGCGAGCUCGAAGCCGGCUCAGAUGAGUCUCCGGGUGUUAUAUCGACCAGCCAUACCAACGACUUCGAGAUUGAAAUGACUCUUGGAGUUGUGUCCCAUCUUAUUAAGCAAGGAGUCUACCACGCGAAUGAUAUUGCUGUGCUUACUCCAUACCUUGGCCAGCUCCACAAACUUCGGACACGGCUCGGACAGAUGUGGGAGCUGGUCCUCAAUGACCGAGAUCUCGAGGACCUCGAAAAAGCAAACAUUGCUGCAGACGAAACUCCGCAAGUAAGCAAAUCAUCGGCGCUGAAAGCCCUGAAGGUAGCCACCAUCGACAACUUUCAGGGCGAGGAGGCAAAGGUUGUCGUCGUUUCCUUGGUCCGGUCCAACAAGAAGAACAAAUGCGGCUUCCUCAAGACCUCCAAUCGUAUCAACGUCCUCCUAUCUCGUGCACAACACGGCAUGUUCAUCAUCGGGAACGCAGAGACUGCAGGUAGCGUGCAGAUGUGGGCAGACGUACUGGACAUCCUCCGCACGGACGGCAGCCUCGGCCAGACGACUUCGCCCAAUUCUCCCCGGAGGGAGGAUGCAACUUGA